AUGUUUUUUAACAUUUCAUUAAUUUUUAAGAGAAUUGAUCUCACCACUGAACGCCUAGAUGCUGCCAAUUAUUAUUUUUAUACUGCAAACAAUUAUGGUGAAAUGGCGGAAGAAGUUGCUGAAAAGGAAAACAAUGAGGGAGAUAGCCAAGUUGGCACAUUUCAAUGGGAACUGCCAACAAUUGAAUUUGAAGGAUUUUGGGAAAAUUUAAUUUAUGAAAUUGAGGAUUGUCCAAAAUCGAAGCUGACAAACUUUAUUUCUACUUCUUUGAAGUUUGCUCGUUUUGGCGUCGAUCCAAAAAUUCUAUCAAGAAAUCAUUUGAUACUUUUGAAUGGUAUUUUAAUUUUAAUUAGCUUUUUGACUUAUCCCUUUAUUUUAACUAUUUUCUGA